GGGAGACCUGCGAAAGCCAGUGGAAGGCCUGUAUCCGGCACUACCCUGCUCCCUGGGCAGAACUGGCUGUUGAGAAUCUCAUACUGACUGUGCCGUCUGACAGCAUCCGCCACAUGGAGAACCCACAGCCGCUGCUGACCCUGUGGAAUGAGAUCAUGGUGGCAAUAAGCAAAUUGGCAGCCAUACCAACAAAAUUCCCAAGGCCUGAGAGGAUUGUAACAGAUGUCCAGAUCUCAUCUGGCUGGAUGCAUGCUGGCUACCCCAUCAUGGGCCACCUAGAGUCGGUGAAGGAGAUGUUAGACCUGAAGCACAUGCAAACUACUGGUCUUUGGGGCCCUGUCCAUGAGCUGGGACACAAUCAGCAGCAGCAAGCAUGGGAGUUUCCUCCUCAUACCACAGAGGCCACCUGCAACCUCUGGUCUGUCUAUGUCCAUGAGAACGUGCUGGGGAUUCCCAGGCAUCAGGCCCAUCAGGCACUUAGGUCACAGUGUCGGCAGGAAAGGAUAAGAGAGUAUCUGAAGAAAGGCGCUCAACUAAAAGACUGGAUGAUGUGGACUGCUCUGGAGACAUACCUGCAGUUGCAGGAAGGGUUUGGUUGGGACCCCUUCACCCACCUCUUCUCUGACUACCAGAAAAUAUCCACCGUCCCAAAAGACAACGCUUCUAAGAUGAACUUGUGGGCACAGAAGUUUUCUCAGCAGGUGAAUAAGAACUUGGCUCCAUUUUUUACAGCCUGGGGAUGGCCUAUCAAGAAAGAGCUGUCUGUGGAACUGUCCUUUUUACCCAGCUGGGAACAGGACCCAAUGAGAUCCUAUAGACCGUGA